CUGAAGUACUUAGUAGUCAAGAACUGAGGUGGAAAUGCUUUGGUUGCUGAGCUGCCUGGCGUUGGUGGGCUCUGCCUUGGGCUGUGGAGUCCCAUCUAUAAGGCCAGUUGUAAGUGGCUACUCGAAAAUCAUUAAUGGAGAGAAUGCUGUUCCAGGAUCCUGGCCCUGGCAAGUGUCCCUGCAGGAAACCAAUGGUUUUCACUUCUGUGGAGGAUCCCUGAUUAGUCCAUACUGGGUUGUGACAGCAGCUCACUGCAAUUUCAAUCCCAGCCGUCACCGUGUAAUUCUUGGAGAGUAUGACAGGUCUUCCAACGCAGAGGUCAUCCAAAUCAAGACUGUUUCCAGGGCCAUCACCCACCCAUACUGGAAUCCUUCCAAUUUCAACAAUGACAUUACCUUGCUCAAGUUGUCCUCGCAAGCCCAAAUCACAGCUCGGGUGUCACCUGUUUGCCUUGCACCUUCAAGUGUCAAUAUUCCAUCAGGGACCCGUUGUGUGACAACUGGAUGGGGUCGCACUCUCACCACUACCAGCCCACCUCGUCUCCAGCAGGUCGCUCUCCCACUUCUGUCUCCUGCCACUUGCAGACAGUAUUGGGGCAACAAAAUUUCUGAUGUGAUGAUCUGCGCUGGCUCCUCUGGGGUCUCAUCUUGCCAGGGGGAUUCAGGUGGCCCACUGGUCUGUGAAAGAAGCGGCACUUGGGACCUGAUUGGCAUCGUGUCUUGGGGCACCCAGGACUGCAACGUGCGGGCACCAGCUGUCUAUGCCCGUGUUUCCAGCUUCCGCAGUUGGAUUGAUCAGGUUGUGGCCAACAAUUAAAGCCAGAAUGGCAAAAGCUGACAAGCCUGAGAGAUGUGCAUGUAAAGAUGUCCGUGAGAUGUCCAAAGAGAGUUGUCAACCAGCUUAUAGAUGUAGCUUUUAGAAUCAUCGCAUUAUCUGCAUUAUUAAGAUCAUUAAAACAUUUCUGUCUGGAGGUAA